ACGUCUUGUCAUUUGCAACAAGAUGUCUUGAAGGGUUGGAGUCAACUUCACGGGGUGUGGGGUGUCUAGUUUUUUUUCCCCGUCCACUUUAACACAGAGGUCAGCAGAGUGAGGGAGAUAGAGGGAGGGAGACGGAGAGAGGGAGACGGAGAGAGGGAGAGGUGUUCCCUAAGCACUGGCAGUCACUUCCUGUGUCGCAGGUGUUGGAACUGGGUUAAGGUCAGCAGAAUUAGGUUAAGGUCAGCAUCAUCAGAUUGAGGUCAGCAAAAUAAAAGAUGGAGCCGCAAGGAGUUUUGUCGUCAGACUUACCGCUAUUCUACGAAAUGUCAAGCAUUCAAUUCCCGGCAGACCUGGCGCCCGCGCCCAUCCUACGUCAGGAAUCCAACAACCACGAACUGUUCUUCUCUCCCCAACAACACCUCCCCAAGCAGCGUUGUAAGCCCAUCUCUAGGAAAGGUGUAGUCUGCAGUCUGGGACCUUUGUCUUCUUUCAUCAAAGUGAAAAAUAUUUUCCCGGUACCCGCACAGAAAGAAAAGCUAGGUGACAAGUCGACCACUCGGUCGGUGAUCUCUUCAACACAACCGGCCUCAGCCAGACUGCCAGAACUGUAUGUGACCAAACUCAACAAGGGAUCGGCUGACAAGCUGGGUGAAACAAAAACUCCGCGCAACUCGGUCAAGCUGACCGAACCGAAGCUGUUCAAGUUCCACAGGUCAUGUUCAGAGAUCGUCUGCGACCUGAACAGGAGCAGGAGGCAGCUAGCCAUGCAGUGCCUGCACCAUUUCAAAAGAAAUUCCAAACUAGCCUGGGGUUCAUCUCUCCCCUCUGACCUGUGCUCGUUCCCCGACCACUCUGUCCUCGUCAAGUGGUUCUUCGCUGCCCGACCCAACCUCCCGUCCUACACCAUAGAGAGUGUCUUCGCCAUCCUUACCAGGUACGGCAAGGUCAAGGCCAUGGUCCAGCUCUCCCCCAACUCUGCCCUGGUCGUGUUCGCCAGUGAGUCGGUGGCCAAGACGGUGGUCAAGGCGGGCCACGUUGGGUUCCACCAGUGUCCGUUACUGUGUAACUGGGUCUUCAUCGCCAUGUACAAGAACAUGGGCCCAGACAAACUUGGCGGCCCCUUUAAGAGGAAGACCCAGGAGGAAGCGUUCAACCACUACGUCCGUCAACAACAGAAGAUCAUCCUAACCAGCUUCAAACUCCACUCACCCGACAUGUACUAUGACCACACCAAAUACAUCCCAUAGCUACCACACCCAUCCCAUAGCUACCACACCAAAUACAUCCCAUAGCUACCACAUCCAUCCCAUAGCUACCACACCAAAUACAUCCCAUAGCUACCACAUCCAUCCCAUAGCUACCACACCAAAUACAUCCCAUAGCUACCACACCAAAUACAUCCCAUAGCUACCACACCA